UGUACAUUAAAGUAGCGCGUGUUUAGUCCAGUCCGAGUGACGCGUGUUCUUCAGAUUUAAAAAAUCGGUGUCCCGACAGUUUCACAAAAUUACCCCUCAACGCCCCGUUGUUUCGUUAAAAAUUCUGUGCUUCUUUUGGGAAAUAUCUUAUGUACAUAUAUAUGUGAGAGACGAUAUUUUCGCUGAUUUUAAACUGAUAUGUACGCUACUUAUGCAGGAGGGGGCCCCCCUCAUUACGCGCCACCCCCUACGUAUCUUCAGUCUCAUGCGUCAGCCCAACCCCCGCCCCACCACAUACAAGUACCACCUGUUGCAAUGGGUCAGGAUGCCAGCCCUGCAGUGCAUUACUCGAAAAAACGAAGGUCAGAUGAAGACGACCCAAGUGGGAGCAAGUACGCCAGAAUGGAAGAAGACAAUAUUCAGGACAAGGAGCGAUUUGCCAGUAGGGAGAACCAUUGCGAAAUCGAGAGGAGGAGAAGAAACAAGAUGACGGCGUACAUCACCGAGUUGUCAGACAUGGUUCCUACAUGUAGUGCCCUUGCCAGGAAACCUGACAAACUGACCAUUCUCAGAAUGGCUGUAGCUCACAUGAAACAACUCAGAGGUACUGGAAAUACGAGUACAGAUGGCACCUAUAAACCUUCCUUUCUCACUGAUCAAGAAUUGAAACAUCUCAUACUGGAAGCAGCUGAUGGUUUUCUGUUUGUAGUAAGCUGCGACACAGGUCGGAUAAUAUAUGUAUCCGAUUCUGUUGCUCCUGUACUAAAUCACUCGCAAAGUGACUGGUAUGGUUCCUGCUUGUAUGACAGCAUUCAUCCUGAAGAUGUUGAGAAAGUUAGGGAACAACUGUCAACGCAAGAACCUCAGAAUACGGGUCGCAUCCUUGAUUUAAAAACAGGCACCGUAAAAAAGGAGGGCCACCAAUCUUCUAUGAGGUUAUGUAUGGGUUCACGAAGAGGUUUCAUAUGUAGAAUGAAAAUUGGAAAUCUUUCUCCGGAGAGUAUGUCAGUAGGUCAUUUAAACCGCCUUAAACAAAGAAAUAGCCUUGGUCCAGGACGUGAUGGUCAGAAUUUUGCAGUAGUACACUGUACCGGAUAUAUAAAGAAUUGGCCUCCGACAGAUAUGUUCCCAGGUGUUCAACUAGAACGUCAAGCUGAUGAUGAAAUUCAUACAGCCCACUGUUGUUUGGUGGCUAUUGGUCGCUUACAAGUAACUUCAACUCCAAAUACCAGUGAUAUGUCGGGUUCCAGUAGCAAUUCGGAAUUCAUCUCAAGACAUUCCAUGGAUGGUAAAUUCACUUUCGUAGACCAACGUGUAAUAGGAUUGCUGGGCUACUCCCCACCAGAGCUAUUAGGCAAGAGUUGUUUCGAUUUUUUCCAUCCAGAAGAUCAGACACAUAUGAAAGACAGUUUUGAGCAAGUUCUGAAGUUGAAAGGGCAAGUUUUGUCAGUGAUGUACCGUUUUAGAGCGAAAAACAGAGAAUGGAUAUGGUUAAGAACGAGCGCGUUCUCUUUUUUAAAUCCAUAUACUGACGAAGUUGAAUAUAUAGUUUGUACAAACACUACAGCUAAAUCUUUACACCCAUCUGGUGAAACCGCCGCAGAAACUCCAGAGCAAGUUAGUUAUCAGCAACCAGGUUUAGACUACAGUUUACAGCGACGAGAUGCCGGAAUUUACUCCCAUAUGCUUCCAACCACACAUAUUCAAAGUGAGUACCUGCCGAUGUCAACUUCAUCUGGUUGCAAUGACCGUUCAGAAGAUUCCCGAUUUCCACGUUUACUCACUGAUCCCCAACAACAAGCAGCUCGACCUAGUAGUGGGCAAAACGUGUAUACUAGUUACGAGCCAACGGCAUCUCCUAUUGCUUACGGCUCUCCAUCACAAGCUAGUGCCAGUAGUAGUAAUACUAGUGUAUUAGCAAGAUUAAGUAAAGGUAGCACAACUAGUCCAACUCCUGCUGCUGCAGCGUGGAGUUUACGACAGACCCAACCUGCUCCUGAAGGGUAUCAGUAUAGCCAACCUAGCCCCCGCUCUCCUGGUCCAACAUACACGCAACUGAGUGGUGGAGCACGGCCAGGCACAGGGACUACACCUAGUUCUUAUCAGUGGACUAACUGGCAAGGAUCAGCUCAAACCUCCGAUUCCGGUCCCGGUUCUAGUGGAUCAGGGCCUCCCCCUCAGCCACAGCCGCACGAGCUUUCAGAUAUGCUACAAAUGUUAGACCAGGGAGGAGCGACAUCCUUUGAGGACCUGAAUAUGUUUAAUACAACAUUUGAAUAAAUUUAUAUAUUUUUUUAUACAUAAUUGUUGUAAUAUCAAAAACUCGAUGAAUUGCAACUGUCAUUUUGGUAAAUGGUAAAAGAGAAUCAGUGACACUUCAGUGUGUGCAGUGAUGUGUUUUUUAUAGAACAAGAGUUAACAUAAAACAGUAUAAAGAAAGUUAAUCCUCGAAUGCUGAUUAAUUCACAAAAAUUUUAAAUUGUUUAAUAUUAUUGUGACGUCCAGAAUGUAUUAUAGCUUCAGUAAAGUUUGACAUGACACUGUU